UUGUAUAAUAUUUCUUUCAUAGCUCGUUUCGGAAAACAUAAUUUAAAGAUAAUAAAAAAGAUAGCGCCUGUUGAUUUUGUGGCAAAAGAAAGCGUUGGCUUCCAGAAGACAUGUUUAACACUUCCGAGAAGGGAAUUAUUAAAUUUAAUUAGCGUGCGUAUAGCAUCACUCUUAAUAAGAAUACCAAGCAUGGACGAAUACCAAGAACUCGUGCCGCAACAUUAUGUGCUUGUUUUAUAAAACCGAGAAGAGGAAAAUAUCGUGUUCAAUUACAAGAAGUGAUAUUUUACCAAUAAUGUAUCUCCUUAAUGCACUCAUUAUGUAUUAUGAUUUAUUCAGAUGCAUUAUUCGUAUUGGAUUUCGUCUUGUUGAAACAUUUUUAUUAGAGCAUUUCUUUUUCUCUUCGACGUAAAGAAUAUUUUUUUUAUCUUGCCUUCUUGAUUAUUUGAGCGAUUAACAAUUUCUGAACGAAAAUGUAUCGAUUCCAAAAUAACGCUCAAAAUUUAGGAUUUAAAAAUCCGUGAAAUCCUUAUUUAAUCUUACUUUAUUUUAACAGCGUAAUCACAUUAUUGUAAUUGCAGAGAAAAUUUAUGAAGGCAAAAAUCUAAGUAUCAUAUUCUGCCGUAACAAUUCUGUUGCUAAAUUAAUUUCCACUUAUUAUUGCCGUCUUAUAAAUACUUUUUCAUUCAAUAACUGAUGUACAAGAUUGAAAUAAGUCUUCCUUGUACAACAACAAAAGAGGCUUGUUUCCAUCUCGCAUGAGUGUUACGCGUCUUUCUGCGCCUCGCGCGUCGAUAUUCGUAAUGCUAACAGGAAGGCAUUCGCCAGUCUUAGCAUUUUACACUGAAUGAAAUCGAGAGUGGAACACAUAUCCGUUGAACACAUCUACGAUAAAAGGCUGCGCGCGCGAGCGAGCGCCACGUCACAUAAAUAUUCCGCCUUUGAGAAAACGCGCGUUUAAAAUCGCGGAUAAAACCAGUUUCAUCCGCCCGCGACGGAACUCUAUCCACUGUUAAUAUGCGUAGCAAGUAUGUCACGACACAAUAUUGUUCGAUCAAUCCCGAAAUUGCAGUCGUGACGGGCUGACGUUUACGCUCUAAGUGGCAAACGCGGCUCCUUCUUCCGACCUUUCUAGAAGCUACACUUUGUUGUAAACAAAUCGGAGGUAACGUCAGUGAGUGACGACGUCACGAUGCGCAUGCCGCCGCUGCUGAGAUUAGUGCUCGUGGCAGCAGUCGCGCUGCUAACAAGUGCGAAUGCUAAUGCAGAGGCGCUCUUAAGCACGGACACGACCGCACCAUCGUCGUCGUUGUCGGAAUCGCAUCAUUUCAACACGGAGAGUCGCGAGCAGGUGAUCGCCGGGAUGGAGGCCAGCCUCAUGUCCCUCAUGGGCAUCACGAAGAGACCGAAGCCGCAGGGCGAGACCUAUGUUCCGGAAUCACUCAAGAAGCUUCAUGCUCGUCAGAACAGCAUCGGUAUCGCCGACAUCGCGAAGCCGGGCCUUCACACGCGAUCAGCUAACACCGUUCGCUCCUUUCCACAUGUCGAGAGCGAGGUGGAUCACAAGUUUCAAUCGCCGAACCGCUUUCGGCUGUCCUUCGACCUGAGCAAGAUACCCGACGACGAGAUGCUACAGGCGGCCGAGUUGAGCCUGUCGCGUGUCGCGGUCCCGGACGACGCGGACGGGCGUCCUAAGCGCAGCCGAGUGCUGAUAUACGACAUAAUACGGCCGGGCGUGAAGGGUCGUAGCAAGCCGAUGCUACGGUUGGUCGACAGCAAAGUGAUCAACGUGAUGAAGAACUCCACGAUCAGUCUAGACGUGUAUCCGGCUGUUGUGAGGUGGAUGGAGAACUCUCGCAAUAAUCACGGGCUGCUGGUGAUCGUGUCCGGCACGCUCACGCAAGAGCACGUGCGGCUGAAGCGCGGCGUCGACGAGCACCAGGACGCGUGGGUGGUGAACCAGCCGAUGCUCUUCACGUAUACGGACGACGGCCGCUACAAGAUGGCAUCCGCGCGACAGAUAAUGGACCGGCGUGCCAGGCGGGCCGCGCUGCGGAAGAAUCGGCGGAAGGACGGCCGCGAGCAUUGCCGCCGGCAUCCGCUCUACGUGGACUUCGUGGACGUCGGCUGGAAUGACUGGAUCGUUGCGCCGCCCGGAUACGACGCCUUCUACUGCCACGGUGAUUGCCCGUUUCCUCUGACGGACCAUCUGAACUCGACGAAUCACGCGAUCGUGCAGACGCUCGUUUAUUCGACCAAGCCGAGCAUGGUGCCGAGGGCAUGCUGCGUGCCGACCGCGCUCAGCUCGAUAUCGAUGCUCUAUCUGGACGAGGAGAACAAGGUGGUGUUGAAGAACUACCAGGAUAUGGCGGUCCUCGGAUGCGGCUGCCGCUGAAACUGCGGUCUCUCUUGGUCGGCAGCGUGAAUAAGAGUCACGUUCGUCGCUUCGCUCGUGCCAAACGUUCGCCGACGCUAAAUAGCGCGGGGGAGGAACGAAGAAAUGGGGAAAGACAAAGAGAUAUUUAUUCCGCACGCUGCAGGCCGACUCAUGUUUCAUACUGCGCUCGCUAUUUUGUGGAUUGAAGGAUGAAACAUAUGCGAGUGUUCAGAGACAGUGUUAAAUUGGUUGAAGAAGAAAGACAGUCUUAUCGCCACUAUAACAAUGCAUGGCGAAUAAUCUAUAACAUGGUAAAAGUAAGCGCGAGUGACACAUAUCGCUAUUCAGCGACAGCGUAAAAGAACUUUUAUAAAACUCAUUAUCGUAUCGAGAAAGACUUUUCGUAGUUUAUUCCUGUGAAACUACUUCAAUUGAAUUGAACGAAUUAAAUUGAACCAUUCAAGAGCUAUUCUCGAUUUGUCGCGUGAAUCGAUCAGAGAUUCGAAGGACGUAAAAACUUUCAUUCAUUCAUUCUAAAUGAUUGAGAUAUUAUUCAUUCGAUAAAUUCUAAUAGAUUGUUUUUAGCUAGAGAUCUUGGAAUAGUCUUCGACUCAAAUCAGGAAUGGUAGCGAUUGACUUAAUUACUAAUCAGAAUCAACUCGAAAGAGCGAUUGGAAUGAUUAAUUCGAGUUCUCUAAUCGGAAAGUUCAAUUUAAUCGAGAAAAAAAAGAGACUAGUGACGUAGCUUCCAAUCAUGAUCAAAUUCAGCUACGAUUGCAACAAAACCAAGUGGCAAUUGCAAUAAUUUGCCAGAUUAUCGUCAAGGUUUAUUAAGAACGCGAUGAUAAGAGCAGCUACCCGGUCAUAAGCAGUCGUAAUUGAGAAAAUGACGGUAGGAGUAAUCCCCUAUCAGGAAAGGUGAUGAUCGGUAGAAACAAUUUUGCAACAUCCGCUCGGCCUUCGUCAAAUAUAAUCGAAUCGUAACACAGAAGACACGAAUAACAAGUACAAACGAGUUGUCUUUACUGCGUAAUGCUAAUUGUACACACUCUUGUUACUUCUUCGGUUAUGAAUGAAUAAAAUUUUACGAAAUUUCGGCAACAAACGGAUUACAAACAUUUUUUUUAAAUAAAUUCCAUCAUGGA